ACACGUAAAAGAAUUCAAGCAAAUCUCUCUCUAGUCAUUUUUUAUUCUCUCUCUCUAUUCUCCUCUUCUCUAUUCUCCUCUUCUUUAAAUAUACAUAUAUAUCACAAUUGGUUUCAGAGCAAUCUGGUUUCAAUUCAGCCUGAUUCCCGUGAAACUUAUACCCAGUUCAAAUGGGUUCUUCUUCUAAUUAUGUUUUGAUUUCUGGGUACUUGGUUUUUCUGAUAUUGAUUUGGGGUUCGCAGAGCUGUGAUGGGUUUGGUACGUUCGACUUCACUAUCCACCACAGGUACUCUGACCCGGUUAAGGGGAUUCUGGACCUCGAUGGCUUGCCGGAGAUGGGUAGUCGCCAGUACUAUGCUGCUAUGGCCCACCGUGAUCGCUUCAUCCGGGGACGUGGCCUCGCCGACGCCGUCAAUUCCACCCAUCUCACUUUCAUGGACGGUAACGAGACUUAUCGGAUCAGUUCGCUGGGAUUUUUGCACUAUGCCAAUGUUUCUGUGGGGACGCCAGCUUUAUAUUUUCUUGUGGCGCUUGACACUGGUAGCGACCUGUUUUGGUUACCAUGCGAUUGCACCAGUUGUGUGCGUGGCUUAAAGACACGGGCUGGAGAUGUAAUAGACCUUAGUAUUUACAGCCCUAAUACCUCAUCGACAAGCACGAGGGUUUCCUGCAACAGUACAUUGUGUAGUCAACAAAGUCGAUGCUCUGCGUCACGCAACACUUGUCCCUAUCAAGUUAGGUAUCUUUCUAAUGGUACUUCCUCUACUGGUCUAUUGGUAGAGGAUGUGUUGCACUUAACUACAGAUGACAGUCAACUAAAAGCUGUUGAGCGACAAGUUACGUUUGGCUGUGGUAUUAUUCAAACUGGUUCGUUCUUGGACGGUGCUGCUCCCAAUGGUCUGUUUGGGCUUGGUAUGGAAAAUAUAUCUGUUCCUAGCAUUUUAGCAAGUGACGGGCUUGUUGCGAAUUCCUUUUCCAUGUGUUUUGGACAAGAUGGAAUUGGUAGAAUCAGUUUUGGAGAUAAAGGUAGCUCAGACCAAGGAGAAACACCAUUCAAUCUUGAUGAAUUACAUCCAACUUACAAUAUCAGCGUGACACAAAUAAUUACGGAGAAGAAAACCACUAAUCUUAGUUUCGAUGCAAUAUUUGACACUGGUACCUCAUUCACAUACUUAAAAAACCCAGCUUAUGCAGAGAUUUCUGAGAGUUUCAAUUCCCGUAUCCGAGACAAACGGGACACAUCUAAUUCCAGUCUUCCUUUUGAAUAUUGUUACGAAAUAAGUGAAAAUCAAACGACCAUUGACAUUCCCAAUUUGAAUUUAACGAUGAAAGGGGGAAGUCAAUUUUAUGUUUCUGAUCCCAUAGUUAUAGUUCCUCCUCUUCAGAGUGGACCAUAUUUAUAUUGUUUGGGCCUUCUCAAGAGUGGGGAUAUAAGUAUCAUUGGACAAAACUUCAUGACAGGCUACCGUAUUGUUUUUGAUCGUGAGAAGAUGGUCUUGGGCUGGAAAGAAUCCGACUGUUAUGAUUCUAAAAAAUCCAACACUCUACCAAUCGCCCCACGAAGCUCCACUGCAGUUCCUCCUAGUACUGCUCCCGGUGCUACUGUUGUACCAGAAGCGACAUCUAAUCCUGGUAAUGGUUCCCCAAAUUCCAGUCCUUCAACUGUGCCGCCGCCAUCCAAUUAUUCACCCCGCUUGAGUUCCUUCACUUGCACAGUCUUGAUGGUCUCCUUUUCUCUCUUUAUCCAUUGUUUCAUCAUUCUUUUCUCCUGAGUUUUUCCAGGCAUAGUAUUGUAUUUUAUUGUCAUUUGUUUGAGAUGUAAUACACCACAGAUUGGAGGCAUUGUUGGCUUCCUUUUUUUCAGCAUCAACACAAACCUUGGGUUGUAUAUAUGGUUUUGAUCAUCAACAUAUCUUUGUAUAACAAUAGAGAGAGAUCAUUUAUAUACCAAUUUUUUUUUUUUUUUUUAUGAAUUUAAAUAUUAAAGUUACACUCUCUCGAGUUUAAAACUCA